CCUUUGCCUUGCUUUUUGAAGCUCGGACUGCUCCCUCCGCUUGUACUUGGUCGUUUGCAUUCUGUGCAUUCUGUGCUCUUCUCAUAAGCGCACUUUGAUCUACCCCCUCGCUGUUAGGUCUACGCCUGCCUGAGUGGGAAGAAUUGGAGCUCCACUUGUGUUCGUUUUAAUAUUUCCAACGUAUUCCUUUGAGCAGCGUUUCGUUUAUUCUUCAAGGAAGCUAGUUCAAUUUUGAUCAAUCUAAUUCGAUCAAUGGAGGAUGUUAUCGAGGGUCCCCAAGAUAAAAUACCUCCAAGAGCCAAGUCACUGCUUGACUGGCUAGCUGCUUGAGAUUUUUAAGCAUUGAUUUUUAGCAUAGUUGUCAAAACCUGUUCAGUAGCCUUUUUGUAUUGUCAUUGAUCUGGUACCGAGAGCUCUUUAGGUUAUUAAAAUGGGAUAUACGCAGAUUCCUGAGCAGGCGCAGCGGGGCAGAAACAAGGCAGUCAUCGAGCUGGACAAGAGUGAGCUCACACAAACCAUCAAUGUGCUUCAGAAGGUUCUGGUUCAUGUCAACACCCAUACUAACACGUUACCCAAGUUCCCCUCGCACCCGCCCUCAUCGAUUCCGGAUUUUCUUACCGCGAGAAUCUCAGCUCCGAGUAGGCAAUCGUCAAUCUCACCCGUGACAGUGAUCACUCCAUCUGUGGCUGCCCUCCAGCAACGUUUAGGCUUAGACUUGGGCUCAGGUUUAGGUCUUGGUCCUGUAGGUACAUUCUCUACGGAAAGCACUAGGUACAACGACAAUGGCUCCACACCUUCCUCUUUUUCUUCAUCGUCGUCAAUUCUGACAAUUCCUCCCAUCGGUCCACCUCUUGGGACUUCCCGACCUGGGCCGAUCGGUCGCCCGAGCGCAAUUUCCAUGCAGGGACCAUUACCAGGGUUACAAUCACACUUUGGACAGCUUGGAUUUCGAUCGGGAGAGCUUGGGUCGGGUGAUCUCACCUCACGGAGUCUAGAUAUUGGAUCUCUUAGCCUCGGCCAAGCUGGGCUUCCUCCAGUUCGUGUGUCUACUGGUCAGACUGUGGGAAUCAAUGGUGGAAAAAAUUCUCUGCAAGGAUCCUAUCCCGUGUCUGGGAUAUCUGAUCCUGGCCUUGGAUUGGACCGACAGAACGAUUCAGUAAGAAAUGGUGCAUUUCAAACCCAGCAAAGUGUUGUGGGGAGCUCUAGUUUUGGACAAGGAAGACCUAGUACUCCUGGUACACCUCAGGGUAACCGGACCCCAACUUCUGGGACAAACCAGCAACCUCCGAUUGGGACUCCUUUUUCACAAGGAAGACCUGGUACACCCGGAACACCUCAAGGAAGUCGGACCCCUACGUCUGGAGCGCACCAUCAAGGACCAAUUGGACCCUUCACCAGACAGCAAUCAGGCAAUCAAUCUCGGCCAGAGACUCCCAACAAGACACCAGCAGGUCAGCCUCGAACUCCUGGGGUUCGCCGGGUGACAGAAGCAGCAAGUUCAUGGAAGGGGCGUUGGACCACAGCUGUAACAGAACACAACCGUGACGCUGUAAAUGUUAUGUUGUAUGCGUCUGAGUUGGACGGGUUAGUGGGUGAAGAGGUGCAUACUGGCUGGCUUAUCAGCUCCUCAAAGAGACUUCUUAACCUUUGGGAAUGCUGUGGCUAUUCUAAGGCUUCAGAACCUGCUCUUCAGGUCAUGCACUCGCAAACGACUGAAUUUACGAUGGAAUCAAUGGACAUUGAUACUAAUGCGAAAAUGCUUUUAUCCUUGUCUCCCCAUCCCCGUGAUUCUGGCUUUGUAAUUGCUCUUCACAGCCUUGCAGGAGAAUCAUUUUUUAAAUUCAAGGGCUCAAUUCGAAUUCCCGAUACUGGCAUAUUAGGUUUACGAAAGCAGGCUCCCACUGGGCUCAAAUUACUACACGUGGUAUCAUUACAACCGCUCGGUGUUGUUACACCAGCGCUAAAAACCUCAGUUGCAGCAGCUCUCAAUGGAGAUGUUAUGGUCUACGAUCUUUCAGCAGCUGCAACAGCUCCAACAACUGCAGUCGCCCCUAAAGCUCACUGGAAAGCCCACGAUACACCGAUCUCAAGCCUCCAUCGCAGUUCUUUUGCACCUGCACUAAUCACGGGUGCUAGUGAUGGAUCCGUUAAACUUUGGGAUUUGAAGACAAAGCCCUCUGCCCCAGCGAGGCAACUCUCUCACCCGAGCUUGAAAGCCAUCACAGGACUUAACAUGUUGGACGUUAAUACAGUGAGCACGGCCAGCGUUGAUUCAGCAAUCUUCCUUUGGGAUAUCAGGAACACGGGAACGCCCGUGCUUCAAGUCAUUCCAGACUCGAAGCCUGUGGUUCAGAUGGCAGUUAGCCCUAAGCAAGAAGCUGUUGCAGUGACAACUAGGCAGGGCUUGUAUUGUUUGGAACUCUCUGGUCCUGGUGGCGUGAACUCUGUGCUGUCUCCCCUCACGCCCCUUCCUCCGGCAGGACCGUGCACUGAUAUGAAGUGGAAUGCCAAGACCAAACAAAUCUAUUGCUCAGGUGUAGAUGGUGCUAUUAGCGUCUUUGAGAAGGUCAACCAUUAGAAAAUUAUCUACUGCACAGAGAGUCUUGUGUUUACCAAACUAGUAUGAUCACUUACCCUUUCAGAAAAUGUUCAAAUUCUAAUACCAUGGAUUUUCAAUCACAUGUAUUCUGAAUAAUUCUCGACUUUGUUCUUCCAUUCCAGCCUUUCAAAUAAAUUCUUUCAUGGACUCGUG